UCAGAAUAAUCAUUACUGGUAUUUGAUUAAAAGACAUUGUAUAUAUAAAACGAUGUAACUAAUAUUAUUUGUCAGUCAUCCGAAUUUUGGUACGAAAUCAAGUGACGUCCAAAUAUUAAUAGCAAACAUGAGAUUCGCCGUAGCAUUAUGCUUUUUGGUUGCACUUUGGACCGUUGAUGCUAAUUUAAUACGACUUUCGGAUGAUUUGGAAGAUUUAAGAACUCAAGUAAGAGAUGCAAAAUGGAACGUAGAGGAUAUUAUACGUCGACUUCAACUUCUUCGUUCCCAGACCGAAGAAGAUACUAACAGAAAAGUUACAGACAAAUGGGAUGAAGAACAGGACAGUUACAGAUCAUACAAAAAUCAAUUGCUCACAGCGAUCAGGAAAGAAGUAAACGCUAGUAAGAGCAAGAAUGCAGAGGCAUGUUACAAUGAAGCUAUUAAAGGCAUUCAAGAUAGUGAAGAUGCAGCAAAUGGAGCUGCUAAAACAUGUAUUGAUGAAGCUUCAAAUUCGAUUGAGAAGAAUCUUGGCUUUCUCGACAAUCUCAUUUCGACUGGAAAUGAGCUGUCAUCAGAAUUGGACGGUAUUUUUCUCGAUUGUCACGAUAGUGAUGAAUCAAAGAAGCGGAGUUGCAUCGUAUCUGAGUUGGCGGAUAUAAAAAAUGACAUAAAAACUUUAAAUAACGAUGCUAAUUCUGCUGAGAUUACUGUCGUGCAUGUGUCCGACAAUGUUAUUCUACAAGCUACCAACUGCCUAAAAAAGGCUUAUUCAUUCAUAUAUUCGGCGGGCAUCACAAUUAAGAACAGACUCUCUCAGUGCAUUGAACAGAACGAGGUGACUGAAAGUUUAACUACUACGACAAAAGCUCCGAUAAAAUCUACAACAGCAGUAAAAUUAUAAGAUUUUUAAGAAACUAUUUUCAACUAUAUUUCGUAUUUUCAACCGUAACUAAUCUUUAGUUAUAAUUACUUUUGAAAGGAAAUAUACUUUAGACUGUUAAUUAAAAAAAAGCAUCGUUCUGAUUAUGUAUAUU